AUGUCUCAUAUCAAAUCAGCGCCGACGUUUCGCGAAGAGGAGGACGGCUCACAACAUCACCACGUGAAUUCCAUGAAUCCUAGCUUUAGGAAGUCUUCUCAUUGCGUGCCAGGAAAUCCUACCCUCGGUCAUCAGCAAAGGCGAUCAUCUCAAAGCUCAACAUCAUCUUCCAAUGGGCCAUGCACUAUCUACGGACAGCAGCAAAGUGCUAGUCCAUCUCGAAUUGCUCCUGUUCCUCCCACGGCUGCUGUACCUCCAGCGGCAAUUUCAACUCCUUCCCAUCCACCGCCAGCACCUCUUCUUCCACCAACAGCUGGUGCCCCACCACCACCUCCUCCACCUCCGCCUAAUCUUUUGAAGAGCGACCGCUCGAAAGGAAUAAGACAUUUGAAAUGCACUUUAGUUCCGGGUUCCUCACAUGGUGAUUUGCUAUCGGAGUUAGCCGCUACUUUCAACAAAAAGAAAAUUACUCAAGCCAAAGCGGAUGCGGUUGAUUCAAAAUCUAACGCCAGUAAUGGUUCAUCGGAUAGCGGAUGCGGGACAAUCCCACCUGUUAACGGUUUUGCAGCGCCAAAUGGAGGAAAUGCACCGAGAAAAUGGGAACCUGUGAAAACGAAUGGGAAUAGCGAAAGUCCAAAAACUCAUAAAAAGGUUCCGUCAGGGUCGUCGAUUUCUUCACAGGAGGAUGUCAAGUCAAAUGGAGUAUCAGUGGUUGGAAAUACCGUUACUGCUGAAUUUUUGGAGAGGUUCAAAGCCGAUCUCAUGGUGGAAGUUCGUCUGGAGAUCAAUAAGGCAAAGCAGGACAUCAUCGAAGCGUUCCGAGCUGAGUUGGCCCGUCGAUAG